AUGGCUGAUAUCAUUCUGGGCCCUGCAGUUGAACUAAUCCUUGGCAAGUUGGGCAGAUUUGCAUCCGAUCAGGUCCGACUUCUUUGGACUCUCAAACCCGAGAUACUGAAACUCGGGGACACUGUUGCGGCAAUCCAGGCUGUGCUUCUCGACGCAGAGAAGAAGCAGUCCCACAACCACCAAGUCAAACUCUGGCUCAAGAGGAUCUCCGACGUUAUGUACGAUGCUGAAGAUCUGCUUGACGAUUUCUCCACCGAGGCUGCGCUCCAGAAGCAAGCAGUGACUCACUGGAGGACGGGGAUGGCAUGCUAUCCGAUCUCUUCCCUUCCCAAGCAGUUGAUUUAUCAUUUUAAGAUGGCUCGUGAUUUAAAGGCGAUUCGAGAGAAGCUUGAUGUCAUAUCAAAAGAGAAGGAGGCUUUCAAGUUGGAAAUUGGCUUCGGAGUAAAAGCUCUUCCUUCUUUCAGGGAGACGGAUGCAUGCCCACCCACGAUUGUGAUUGGGAGGGAAGAUGACAGGAAAAACAUCAUUGUGCGACUGCUGAAUCGCAACCCAGAAGCCAGCAUUUCAGUCGUUCCCAUUGUUGGGAUGGGUGGGCUGGGGAAAACCACCCUUGCUCAGCUCGUAUUUGACGACAAACAAGUUCGAGAUUACUUCGAUGUAAAAGCUUGGGUCUAUGUUUCACAGAGCUUUGAUAUCAAAAUGAUUCUCCUAAAAAUGUUGGAAUCCAUAACUCGUCAGAAAGUGGGGGAUCUCAUGUUGGAUGUUUUACAAGCUCAACUCCGGGAGAAAAUCCAAGGCAAGAGGUACUUAUUUGUAUUGGAUGAUGUUUGGGAGGAGAACAGGCGCAGUUGGGAGAAUCUGGGAAAUCAUUUGGCGUUCGGUGCUCUUGGAAGCAAAGUACUGGUGACUACUCGAUCCACUAGAGUGGCAAACUUUGCUGGUGGAGCUCUGAAGUCGAGAACAAGUACCAGUAGCAGCAUUGUGGAACCAUAUUUCUUGGAAGGCUUGUCAGAAGGUGAGAGUUGGCAAAUAUUGCAGGCGAAGUCCCUCCCAAGACAGAUCCCAGCAGAAGUACAACAUAUUGGCAAACAAAUACUAAGGCAAUGUCGUGGAGUUCCUCUUGCUGUGAGCACCAUAGCUGGUGUGUUAGCAGAUUCGACUGAUCCAAAGAUGGAGUGGCCAUCUUUUCUAGAAAAGGGACUUUCUAGCAUCAUGAAUGAAGGAGGGGAAGUUUCUAUUAUGGCCACACUACAAGUCAGCUUCAAUCUUCUCCCCUCUCAUAUGAAACAUUGUUUUACUUAUUGUGGAUUGUUUGAAAAGGGGUUUCGAUUUGGGAUUCCAAUGUUGGUUCGAUUUUGGGUCGCGCAAAGGUACAUUGAGUCGGAAGAUAUAGGCUAUGAUUACUUUAAAACGCUGUGGUGGAGGUCAUUUUUCCAGGAGGUGGAGAUGGACGAGUUAGGGAACUUGUCGACGUGCAGAAUGCACGAUCUCAUGCAUGACUUGGCUGAUUCUAUAGCCGGAGAUAAUAUAAAAAGAAGCACAAGUUCAAGUGUUCUACAAAAUGUUCCUUCAAAGGCUCGUCAUAUAUGCAUAACUCGUGGAGGUUAUGAUAAUCCAAGACAAGAGGACAGUGAUGGUGGUGAUGAGCUUGGAAGCAUGAGUAAGGUACGAACUCUAAUAUGUUUCGAAUCUCUUUCAAACGAAGAACUUGAACAAAUCAUCAACAACUUCUUACGCUUGCGUGUAUUGGUGAUAUGUUCACAUGAUGAAAGUGCUUAUACGUCGUUGAAACUUGUUGGAAAGCUGAAGCAUUUAAGAUAUCUUGGUAUGUUGGGUUUCCACAAAAUGAAAAAUCUUCCAGACUCAAUUGUUAACUUGGUUAAUCUGCAAGUUCUUAACCUCAUCGGUGGCGAGUCACUGCAAGAACUACCAAGGGGCAUUAAGAAGCUUGUUAAUCUGAAGCAUCUUGAUCUCGAUCGAACAAGUUGGAAAAAUUUGAGACAUAUUCCAAAAGGGAUUGGCGAGUUGAAGUUUCUCCAAACCCUACCAAUCUUUGUAGUGGGGAAAAGAAGUAGUUGUAGUGGUAAUGGGGAGAUUGCCGGUGCAGAAUUGAACGAGUUGGAAGGGUUGAAUGCAUUGUGUGGAGAGUUGAUUAUCACAGGCCUGGGAAAUGUCCACUCUCUAAAGAAAAGUGUUGGGCGUGUGACUCGGGCCUAG